UCACCAUCAUCUUGGCGAUGCAACCUCCUAAUGUUUAAUUCAUUCCUCUUGCUCAUUUGGUUAUUAGACCGUUUGCUUUACGGUCUCUCUGAUUUCUUAAAUGAAUCAUGCCCCCCUAAGACCGCACGCACUCCACCUGCGUUGUUGACAACACGGCGCAUCGAUCGUCAUCACGGCCUGAGCAACCCAGACGCAUCAGACCGUUGCCAACCGAUUCCAACACGCCCACGACCCUAGAAACCGAUAUCCACUAUUCCGAGCCUUAACCAACAUUGCUGCGAUGAUCUCGCCACGCGCCGUUUUCCGCUUCAUCUACGGCAGCUCCUACUUUAUUCUCUGCGUCCUCACGGCAGCCCUGCUCCUCAUCACCCCGGGCGACGCCAUCUUCAGGGCGUACCAGAAUAAGCAGCAAUACAACAUAUGGAUUCUAGUCGCGGCCCUCGGCUUCACCGUCGUCAUCAUCUCAUUCAUCUACACUCUUCGCCUGUAUAAUAACAAGACGAUUCUGGCCUCCAUCCCCAAGCCAUGGGUACCCAUUGAAAAGGGCGACCUCCCGAAAAAGGUCUACGACAUGAUCACCUCCGGCCUCGAUCGCAGUGCCGCCAUUACGUUUGAAGCCAGGCCCCGCGUGGUACAAUGCGCGCCCGAGACAAGGCAACUGGAAGUGGGAAUAACGCACAGUACGAAGAACAGGACAACUCCGUCUGCAUCGACCCAUGGACUCCAAGAAAAACGAAGAGAGAGGACGGGAGAGAAGGAACAGGGCCGAGAGGAGGAUGGAGCUGUCGAUAACGAUUAUCAGCUGCUGAAGCUCAGGGACCGGAAGAGCGUGGAGAUGCAACUGGGCGGUCCGUUACCACCACGCCCCCCUGUCUGGGGCCAGAUCGAACACGGCGGUUGGGCGUCCCCCGAAUCGCCCGACCUACCGAAUCUACAAUACAUCCCCGUCGUGUUUGAACUGCCGCACCUUCUCGAGGCUAAAGCCCUCACCCACGCACCCCCGGACCCUACAGCAGCGGGUGCGCCCUCUCUAGAUCCCGACGCGGUCGCUUUGCUCCAGCGGCCUCCCAACAGGGGCCUGCGGGAGUACUUGACACGCCUUUCGGAUUUGGGGGUUUUGCCGAUGGACUCGACCACGACGGAAUUCCUCUCGCUGUACGAACACGCGAGGUUCUCGACGCGGGCGCUAUCGGGCGCACAGUUCCGUGACCUCAUGCACCUCUUCUCCGAGGUCCUGCGCAACAUGGGUCCGCUGGAUCCCACCGUCUUCGAACCCGUUUACGACGCCGACGACGUAGUCUACACGGAUAGUGAGCCGGACCCCGCCGCGGACGGGGGGGACACGCCCACCGAGAGCAGCACGGGCAACGACGACGACACCACGCCUCCGUUCGAGGCGGGCCCGGCGGCCAGCGCACAAAGCACGCCCUCGCGCGCCGUUACCCGGGGCUCGCGCGGUUUACGGCGACAGACGUCUUUCCCGCCCAACGCGGCGAGGUCUUCUGCGGGAGGAGACGCCAUUUCGCGGACGUCGACUGCGACGGGCAGCAUCAAGAGGACGCGGCGGCAGCCGACGUGGCCUCUGCAGAGGCAACAACAACAACAACAACAACAGAAGCAACCAUAUCACGCGUCAUCUCAGGCCAGCUUGCGAACCGCGGCUUCCUCGUCCGGAGCGUCGGCUACGUCGGUGAUUCGACUUGCUGGGCCGAUGGACGCUACGGACUUGCCCUAUGUGUUGACGUUGACGGACUCGAGAUGAGGGGAGGGAAACGCGAGAUGUACUGAGAACGGUCGAGACUGGCAUGGCAUAGCAAGGGAACGGGACACUUUAAUGAAUUGAAUGACUUUGGACAAGCGUUGGAUGGAA